AUGGCCGCAGAGACCCGAGGGGAGGCGCGGGACCGGAGGCCGUGUCUGCAGAGCUCCAUUGAGGCUUUCCAGGACGUGGUCAGCGCCGCGGUCAUCAUCCCCAAAGAGGACGGGGUUAUCAGCGUGUCCGAUGACAGGACGAUUCGAGUUUGGAUGAAGCGGGACAGUGGUCAGUACUGGCCCAGUGUUUACCACACCCUGCCCUCCUCGUGCUCUUGUAUGUCCUUCAACCCAGAGACGCGGAGGUUGUCUAUCGGCCUCGACACCGGCAGCAUCUGUGAGUUCAUCCUGUCUGAGGAUUACAACAAGAUGACCCCCAGCAACACCUACCAGGCCCACCAGAGGAAGGUGUCUGUGGUGCUGUUUGUGCUGGAGAUGGAGUGGCUGCUGAGCUCGGGGCAGGACAAGAGCUUCACGUGGCACUGUUCUGAGAGCGGCCAGCAGCUGGGCACUCACCGCACCUCCUCCUGGGUCUCUGGACUGCAGUUUGAUGUAGAGACUCGCCAUGCGUUUGUGGGAGAUCAGUCGGGACAAGUGACCAUCCUGAAGCUGGAACAGGACUCCUGCAGCCUGGUCACCACCUUCAAAGGACACACAGGUAACGUGACGGCUCUGUGCUGGGAUCCCGCUCAGAGGGUGCUGUUCUCUGGGAGCUCGGAUCACUCCAUCAUCAUGUGGGACAUCGGGGGAAGGAAGGGCACCGCCAUCGAGCUGCAGGGACACAGUGAGAAGAUCGAGGGUCUGUGCUACGCCUCCCACACUCGACAGCUCAUCUCCUGCAGCUCCGACGGAUCCAUCGUCGUCUGGAACAUGGACGUCACGCGGCAAGAGACUCCAGAGUGGCUGGACAGCGACUCGUGUCAGAAAUGCGAGCAGCCGUUUUUCUGGAACUUCAAACAGAUGUGGGACAGCAAGAAGAUCGGCCUCCGACAGCACCACUGUAGGAAGUGCGGUCAGGCCGUGUGUGGGAAGUGCUCCUCUCGGCGCUCCUCCAUUCCUCUGAUGGGCUUCGAGUUCCAGGUGCGAGUCUGUGACGGCUGCUUCUCCUCCAUCACGGACGACGACCGUGCUCCCACCGCCACCUUCCACCACAGCAAACAUAACGUGGUCCACAUGCACUACGAGCCCACCACCGGCUGCCUGCUCACCUCCGGCACAGACAAGGUCCUCAAGCUGUGGGACAUGACGGCUGUGGUUUCCUGA